UUGCUGUUGUUCAAGAUCUUUUAGAUGGUUGUUUGUUCUUGUUGUCCAAAGCCUUCCAAAGUACUAAACCCAAUUGGGUGACCCCAUACUUCAUCAUGGCAGCACGAACAGCUACAAUCUCAAGAAAGACUAACGAGACACAGAUAGAAGUAUCUAUCAACCUCGACUGCAAUCCUGGAUCUCAAAAUGCUCAAGUAAUUGAGGUUUCAACGGGGAUUGGUUUUCUGGAUCACAUGUACCAUGCCUUGGCAAAGCAUGGUGGGAUGUCUCUCACCAUGAAAUGUAAAGGCGAUCUGUGGAUCGAUGACCAUCACACAGCAGAAGAUAGCGCAAUCGCCCUUGGAACGGCUUUCAAGCAAGCUCUUGGUGAAGUUCGCGGGAUUCGUCGAUACGGAACUGGAUUUGCACCCUUGGAUGAGGCACUCUCUCGAGCCGUUAUUGAUAUUUGCUCUAGACCGUACUGUGUCACUGAUCUAGGCUUAAAGAGGGAGAAAAUAGGAGACCUGUCGACAGAAAUGAUUCCCUCAUAUAUUCUAUUCUUUUGCGAUAGCAUCUGGUGUGACUCUUCACUGUCGACGUCCUACGGGGCGAAAACGAUCACCACAGAUCUGAAUCUGCAUUCAAGGCACUUGCCCUUGCAAUCAGACAAGCUAUCGAACGCACUGGUGGUGACGAUAUUCCGAGUACUAAAGGAGUUCUGUAACACAAUAGAUGUAGCAUCAGUUCGAACCCUGAGAUUUUGAUGCACAGCAGAUUUAAAAGGAUAAAGAAAUG